GAGGGUCUUAUACUUAUCAGAAGGAUUUUUGAUACUAUUUUAUUUGAUCUGCCAGCGGGGAACUUAUGAGGAGGGAUAGGAAUGGCAGACAGACCAUACCGAAUACCUAAAGGAGUAAGAAACUGAUACUCGGCCUCAGCAAAAUCGCAGUAUGAUAGGGGCACUGGCGAGAAGAUCAGCAUCAGCUUCAUCGAGUUCAAUCUCAUGUCGAAACAAUCUAAACGCCAUUACGUCGAUUUACAAUAGACGCCGGGACUUCUGUGUCGGCGUACUUCCCGACGGGGUCGAUAGAAAUUCCGAUUCAUUUGCUUCCAACUCCAAGGUCAUGGAUGGACUCCUCUCCCAACUUCAAUCUUACAUCAACAAGGUUAUGGCAGGAGGAGGGCCAGAAGCCGUGAAGAGAAACAGGAGUAGGAAUAAGCUUCUGCCCAGAGAGAGAAUUGAUCGCCUCCUCGACCCUGGUUCUUCUUUCCUCGAGCUUUCUCAGCUUGCAGGGCAUGAGUUAUAUGAGGAACCCUUACCAUCUGGUGGGAUAGUUACUGGAAUAGGAUCGGUUCAUGGCAGGCUUUGUAUGUUUGUGGCUAAUGACCCCACCGUUAAGGGAGGAACAUAUUAUCCCAUUACUGUUAAGAAACAUCUGAGGGCACAAGAGAUUGCAGGUCAAUGCAAACUACCAUGUAUAUAUCUUGUUGAUAGUGGAGGUGCUUUCCUUCCAAAGCAGGCAGAGGUUUUUCCUGACAAGGAGAAUUUUGGUAGAAUUUUCUACAAUCAAGCUGUAAUGUCUUCAGAGGGUAUUCCUCAGAUUGCAUUGGUAUUAGGGUCUUGCACAGCAGGUGGGGCUUAUAUACCUGCCAUGGCCGAUGAAAGUGUAAUGGUUAAGGGAAAUGGUACCAUUUUCCUUGCUGGACCCCCACUUGUGAAGGCUGCUACAGGAGAAGAAGUUUCUGCCGAGGAUUUGGGGGGUGCAAGCGUGCAUUGCAAGACAUCAGGUGUUUCAGACUAUUUUGCCCAAGAUGAACUGCACGGACUUGCUAUAGGAAGGAAUAUCGUAAAGAACUUGCACAUGGCUGGGAAUCAUGGGAUGAUAAAUGGAUUGCAACAUACCAUCCCUGAGUACAAAGAGCCAUUGUAUGAUGUACAGGAGCUUCGUUCCAUUGCCCCAACAGACCUCAAGCAGCCCUUUGACAUCCGAUCUGUUAUUGCUCGCAUUGUUGAUGGGAGUGAAUUUGAUGAAUUCAAGAAAUUGUAUGGCACUACACUUGUUACAGGCUUUGCAAGAAUUUUUGGACAGCCUGUGGGAAUCAUUGGAAACAAUGGUAUACUAUUUAAUGAAUCAGCUCUCAAAGGGGCACACUUCAUUGAAAUCUGUACUCAACGAACCAUUCCUUUGAUCUUUCUCCAGAACAUCACAGGAUUUAUGGUUGGCUCCAAGUCUGAGGCAAAUGGUAUAGCAAAAUCUGGAGCGAAAAUGGUGAUGGCAGUUUCUUGUGCAAAGGUUCCCAAAAUUACGGUCAUUGUUGGUGGAAGCUUUGGUGCUGGAAACUAUGCAAUGUGCGGGCGUGCAUAUAGUCCCAACUUCAUGUUCUUUUGGCCAAAUGCCAAAAUAUCUGUGAUGGGUGGUGCUCAGGCUGCUGGUGUGCUUACCCAAAUUGAAAGGAGUAACAAGAAAAAGGCCGGAAUCCAGUGGACAAAGGAAGAAGAGGAGAGAUACAAGGCCAAAGUGGUCGAGGCAUAUGAUAGUGAAAGUACAGCUUAUUACUCCACAGCAAGACUCUGGGAUGAUGGCAUUAUUGAUCCAGCAGACACCAGGAAAAUUGUAGGUCUCUCCCUCUCUGCUGCUUUAAACCGUGCCCCAGAAAGUACCAAAUUUGGUGUUUUUAGAAUGUAACACAGCACAAUUUGUACCAAAUAAAACGAGCAAGUGGCAAUUGCAAUAUUUUCGUGGGAAUUGGAACAAAUCAUUACUAUUUCUUUAUGCUCUACACACGAUGGUUAGAGGUGCAACUCGGACGGGUUAGACGUACUGUGAGG